AUGGCCUUCGAAAAAGAAUUAUUAGUAGCUACUCAAGCUGUUCGUAAAGCAUCUUUGUUGACUAAACGUAUCCAAGGAAGAGUUAUUGCUCACAAGGAUUCCAGUACGCUUAUUAAGAGUGACAGUUCUCCAGUAACAAUUGGAGACUAUGCAGCACAGACAGUGAUUAUUAAUGCUAUCAAAUCUAAUUUCCCCGAUGAUAAGAUCUUAGGUGAGGAAAGUGCUGCUGGGUUGAAAGAUGAGUUUUUGUCUGAAAUUUUGAAAGAGAUAAAGGAAAAUGAUACAAUUUUUGAUGAAUCGUAUAGUACUGAUUUCAAAUUCCGUAGUGAUGAGUACCCAUUAAAGACGAUUGACGAUGUGAGAAAUGUUAUUAAUUUAGGGGACUAUAAAGGUGGACGUCAAGGCAGAUUCUGGUGUUUGGAUCCAAUCGAUGGCACUAAGGGGUUCCUUAGAGGUGAACAAUUUGCCGUUUGUCUGGGACUUAUUGUUGAUGGUACUACUCAAGUAGGUGUUCUUGGGUGUCCUAACUUGUCAUUGAAAGAAUAUGGCGGAGAGAAGGAUAUCGAGGGCUACGAGAAGUUCGGAUAUAUCUUCCGUGCAGUCAGGGGCCAAGGUGCAUUCUACCAACCAAAUGCGUCAGAUCCAACCGACAACAGCCAUUGGACUACAUGCCAUGUCAGACAACUGCAAGACGCACAACAGAUGAUCUCACUUGAAGGUGUUGAGAAGGCUCACUCAUCGCAUAGCGAACAAUCGGAAAUCAAGAGAGAACAAGGAAUCACCAAAACAUUACAUCUUGACUCUCAAGCAAAAUACUGCCUAUUGGCACUUGGUCUUGGUGAUGUUUACUUAAGGUUACCAAUCAAACUAUCGUUCCAAGAAAAGAUAUACGACCACGCCGCAGGUAACGUGAUAGUACACGAAGCUGGUGGAAUUCAUACAGAUGCUAUGGAGAAUGUUCCAUUAGACUUUGGCAACGGCUUGACUUUAUCAACUAAAGGUGUCAUUGCCUCCAGUGGACCUCAACGUUUGCACGACGCUGUCGUCUCCACGUCUGAAUCCGUGAUCACCUCUAGAGCCAGUAAAUAA